AUGAGUUUUGGAGGGUUUCUUGAUAACAGCUAUGGUGAAGGCUUUGGGGGUGCAAGAAUAGUUGCAGACAUCCCUUACAGCAACAACAACAUGUCCGCCGGUGUCGUUGCUCAACCUCGGCUCAUGUCUCCUUCUCUUCCUAAGAACAUAUUCAAAUCCCCAGGCCUAUCUCUUGCUCUUCAGCAACCAAAUAUAGAUAAUCAAGGGGAUCAUGGGACCAGAAUAAUGCGAGAGAAUUUCGAGGUAAGUGUAAGAAGAAGAAGCAUAGAAGAGGAAAAUGAGAUCAGCAGAUCUGGAAGUGAUAACAUGGAUGGAGCUUCGGGUGAUGAUCAAGACGCUGCCGACAAGCCUCCGAGGAAGAAGAGAUACCACCGACACACUCUUCAGCAAAUCCAAGAGCUCGAAGCUCUCUUCAAGGAGUGUCCUCAUCCCGAUGAGAAACAGAGAUUGGAGCUUAGCAGAAGGCUUUGUUUGGAAACCAGACAGGUUAAGUUUUGGUUCCAAAACCGCCGUACUCAAAUGAAGACUCAAUUGGAACGCCAUGAAAACUCUUUGCUCAGGCAAGAGAACGAUAAGCUUCGAGCUGAGAACAUGUCUAUAAGGGAUACUAUGAGGAACCCCAUUUGUACCAACUGUGGGGAUCCGGCGAUUAUUGGUGAUAUAUCACUCGAAGAACAACAUCUAAGGGUCGAGAAUGCUCGUUUAAAGGACGAGUUAGAUCGAGUUUGUGCACUGGCCGACAAGUUUCUGGGGCGGCCCAUUUCGACACUAGCCGCUUCCAUCGCACCUCCAUUGUCGGACUCGAGUUUGGAACUCGGGGUCGGUAACACUGGUUUCGGGGGAUUAAGCACCGUGGCUACAACAUUGCCUGCUUUUGGAAGUGGGAUGACAAAUGCUUUGCCUGCAGUGGUUCCUCCUAAUAGACCAACGACUGCGGUGACUGGUAUUGAUAGAUCGGUGGAAAGAUCAAUGCUUUUGGAGCUCGCUUUGGCUGCAAUGGAUGAAUUGGUUAGGAUGGCACGGACUGGUGAACCACUUUGGGUUAGGAGCUUGGAAGGUGGAAGGGAAAUACUAAACCAAGAUGAGUACUUGAGGACUUUCACUCCUUGCAUUGGCAUGAAAUCAAAUGGCUUUGUGACCGAGGCCUCUCGAGAGUCUGGGGUGGUGAUUAUCAACAGUUUGGCCCUUGUUGAAACUUUGAUGGAUUCGAAUCUUUGGUCGGAGAUGUUUCCUUGUAUGAUUGCUAGAACAUCAACAACUGAUGUUAUAUCUAGUGGUGUGGGAGGAACCAAAAACGGUGCACUUCAACUGAUGCACGCUGAGCUCCAAGUCCUUUCUCCAUUGGUUCCGGUUCGAGAGGUCAAUUUUUUAAGGUUCUGCAAGCAGCAUGCCGAUGGGGUUUGGGCGGUUAUCGAUGUGUCUAUUGACACGAUCCAAGAAACUUCGGGUGCACCCUCGUAUGUGAACUGCAAGAGGCUACCCUCUGGCUUUGUCGUACAAGAUAUGCCCAAUGGAUACUCCAAGGUGACAUGGGUUGAACAUGCGGAAUAUGACGACAGCCAAGUUCACCAACUUUACCGCCCUUUGCUGAGCUCAGGCAUGGCGUUUGGCGCCCGGCGUUGGGUGGCAACCCUUCAACGCCAAUGCGAAUGCCUUGCUAUUCUCAUGUCCUCCACUGUUCCCACCAGAGAUCACACAGGUAUAACUGCUAGUGGGAGACGAAGCAUGUUGAAGCUAGCACAGCGUAUGACGGACAAUUUCUGUGCUGGAGUGUGUGCCUCCACGGUUCAUAAAUGGAACAAGCUGAACGUAGGGAACGUGGAUGAAGACGUAAGGGUUAUGACACGGAAGAGCGUCGAUGAUCCGGGUGAGCCAUCGGGCAUUGUGCUGAGCGCGGCUACUUCGACUUGGUUGCCGGUGUCGCCUCAAAGACUGUUUGAUUUCAUACGCGAUGAACGGCUGAGAAGCGAGUGGGAUAUCUUAUCUAACGGUGGUACGAUGCAAGAGAUGGCUCACAUCGCCAAAGGCCAAGAUCACGGCAACUGCGUCUCCCUCCUCCGUGCAAGUGCCAUGAACACAAACCAGAGCAGCAUGCUGAUAUUGCAGGAGACAUGCAUCGAUGCGGCAGGGUCGCUUGUGGUAUACGCGCCCGUUGACAUCCCAGCCAUGCACGUGGUUAUGAACGGUGGUGAUUCGGCUUAUGUAGCUCUCUUGCCCUCGGGUUUUGCUAUCGUACCGGAUGGUCCAGGCUCUCGUGGUGGACCCACCUCAAAGGAAAAUGCUAAUGGGAACGGUGGCGGAUCUCAGAGAGUGGGCGGGUCACUUCUCACGGUGGCAUUCCAAAUACUGGUAAACAAUUUACCGACGGCCAAGCUCACGGUGGAAUCGGUGGAGACGGUGAAUAAUCUGAUUUCAUGCACCGUCCAGAAGAUUAAAGCUGCGCUUCAAUGCGAAAGCUGA